UAGACAGCUUUUGUAUCACACAAACAGGAAUGGCGUCGCAGGCGGGAACGGGAAAUGAUAUGUCCUUUCUUCCGUUGGUUCAUGAGAUAAUUCGAGGGAUGGACAUGGAAUCUCCAGAUGUCAACCAGAAGAUCACAGAGCUGAAAACAAAAUUCCAGAAAUGUCGGACAAUGGUGGAAGAGAUGCCAGGUAUUGACUGCAGUGAAGAGGAACAGAAACAGCAGAUAGAACAGCUCAGACAACAGGUCACCACAAAAACAGACUUACUGAAGAAGUACAAGAACCUGUGUGCGUUUGAGUGCCAAGAUCAUGACAACUGAUCAGGAGAAUCUUUUUUAUACAGGUGUCAACAAUUGUACUGUAGUUGUACUGCAAUGCAGUUUUUAUAUGAUAUUUUCUGUGACAGUAUCUGUGCUAACAAGAAAAUAAUGUAAGAAAAACUUCAUGGGAUGACUGUCUUUUGUUUCUUUUUAUAAUAAUAUCAUUGUGAAAUAAGCUUUUGUGAACUCAGUUUCACUUACUUGGGUCACCUGUAACGUUAUAUGUAUUUAAGUACACAUUAUUCUUUGAACUUCGCCUAGCUUACUGGAACUUGGUGAUGGAAUGACCUUGGAGUACCUUAAAACAGACCAGACUAUACAAUUUUUGUAUAUCAAAGAUGUACAUGACAUUGUUGAAAUAAAACAUCUGUGACCA